CAUACUUUAUGUUUUUAUUGUGCGAACGUCAAUGUGACUUUUGUUUAUAAAAAGUGUUAUUUACUAACUAAACUAAUUACUUUAAUUUUAUUUAAUCAUUCAAAAAAAUAUGUUGACAACUAUAUUUUGAAAAAUAUCCCCUCUUAACGAUGUUACACUAAGUGUGACCUUGGAAAAUCUUAUCAAUUCUGAUAACAAUUAUUCUUUAUUUACAUAGUGAGAAAAAAUAUGUUUGGAACAAGAAAAUUUAUUGUUUCCUUUAGUUCACAUUCCUACAAAAAUUUAUCUAAACAAUCAAUUGGAACGAUGUCGAGUCGAUUAGUCGCAGUUUGUCAAAUGACAUCAGUUUCUGAUAAGGAAAAAAAUUUUCAAGUUGUUCGUGAUCUAGUCAUUGAAGCCAAACAAAGAAAUGCUUCGAUAGCAUUUUUUCCAGAAGCUUGCGAUUAUUUAGCGGAUAAUAAAAGGGAUAUUGUCGGUAUGGCUGAAAAUUUAGAGGGAAAUACGAUAAAAAAUUAUAAACAACUUGCUAGUGAGGAAAAAAUUUGGCUCUCUCUUGGCGGACUUCACGAAGUGACAGCUGACAAUCCCGAUAAAGUGUACAACGCCCAUGUAUUAAUAAACGACAAUGGUGAAAUUGUUUCUGUCUAUCGAAAAAUACAUUUGUUUGACAUGGACAAUAAAGAAACGGGCGUUCGAUUAAUGGAAUCUGAUUACGCAAUGAAGGGGAGAGAAAUUGUCUGUCCAAUUUCCAGUCCAGUAGGAGAAAUUGGACUCAGCAUUUGUUACGAUAUGAGAUUUCCCGAAUUGGCUCUAUGUCUGAGAAAAAUGGGUGCUAAAAUUCUCACAUAUCCAUCGGCUUUCACUUACGAAACGGGGGCAAAUCACUGGGAGGCAAUUUUAAGAACAAGGGCAAUUGAAUCCCAAUGCUAUGUUAUUGCAGCUGCUCAAACUGGCCGACAUAAUAAAAAAAGAGUCAGUUGGGGUCAUUCUAUGAUUGUUGAUCCAUGGGGAACAGUGAUAGCGCAAUGCGCCGAAGGAACUGGCCUGGCAAUUGCUUCAAUAGAUCUCGAUUUUUUGAACCGGGUUCGAAUGAACAUGCCAAUUGAGAAUCAUCGUCGCACUGAUCUCUAUCCAGAAAUAAAACCUCUAGAUUCGUGAAAUUAACUUUUUUUUUUAAUCAAUAAGUUUUAUAGUCAUUAGCCAUAUAUUGCAGAUGAUCGUUAUUGUCGGAUUGGACGGACAUGGAAAAGGGUGCAAAAAUAUCUCUGUUCUUUUCUAACUUAUGUUCGCGUUGAUGGCGAAUACAUGGCGAAUCUAUGCGUUGGGCUUGGUCUAUAAUCGAAGUUCUCACAUAACCUAGAAAUCACUAGAAAUUUCAGAGAAAGAAACCAGAUCAAGAAAACCCUUUAAAAAUGUCUUUCAAAACUUAUAUUUCAUCUGAAAUGGAUUAUUAUCACAAUUAAGACAGUUAUCGCAAUAUAAGUAUAACUUUUGACCGCCAUUUUUAAAUACCUUUCUUGCUCAAACACAGAAUAAAUAAAUAAAAAAAUUAAAUAAAAACUAUUUAGGAAUGUUUCGUAGAAUAUUUAAACGAACCUAACCAUAAGAGUAAAUAUAUUUUUUAAUGAGAUUUCGGUAAUACGUAAGAUAAUUUACCUAGAUCUGACAUGGGACCUGGUGGCAUGUAGACUAACUAGAAAAUCCCAUUAGUAAGAAAAGGACGAAGAUACGUCUAUCCUUUUCUUACUAAUGGAAUUUUUUUAGUUAGUUCACAUACCACCAGGACCUUUGCCGGAUCAAUGGAAAUUACCUCUGGUAAUAUGUAUUUAUAUGUUUUAUGUAAAUAUAAUCUCAAAUGUACAUUAAUAAAUGAAUGAUUUUUGA